AUGGCGCCGACCAGAAACGCAGCAUCCCGAACUCCUGCCUAUCCCGUCGACCUCGCCGGCCCGGUCGGCAUGCGGGACGUGGCGCAAGGACGGGUGACCAAACGAGAGAAGAAACCGCCGGGCCGCAUCGGCGGCGGCAGCGGCGACGCCGACGACGAUAACGGCGGCGGUGUCGAAAGAGGACGAGGAGGAGGAGCAGAGGGCGAGAACACAACGGAUCGACCAAGCCGGGACGCACCCGGGAAGAAGAAGAAGAAGGAGGAGAAGAAGAGGAACGGCAAGAAAGCGGGGGUCCCGUCGUGCCUCGCCUGCCGCGGGGCCAAGGCCCGCUGCGACCGCGUCACGGCGUGCGAGCGGUGCAUCCGGGCCGGGGAGGAGUGCCGGCCCGGGUCUGGCGGCGGAUUCGACGACAACGGCGGCGCCGUCCCGGUCCCGGUCGCGGGCAAGGCGGCCAGGGCGUGCGAGCGCUGCAGGCGCUUGAAGGCGGCCUGCGCCAGGAGGGACAGCUGUGUCCGCUGCGAGAGGAAGGGGAUCGAGUGUGUCCUGGGCUAG